CUUGUUGUGUGGGCAUGGAAAUGAAGAAGAAGCACGCACGCGGGCAGACUGGCAUCGUUAGCUUCGAGCUUCGGGCAAGGGGGAUUUCACCGCGGAGUGUCUGAUUUUGUUUGUUUGUUUUUAAGCCGAACCCCGCGACAACAGCGAUGUCUUCAGUCGAGUUUCUGAGAGAGUUUAUCAGCGAGAGGCUCGACGCUGCUGCGGAGAGGAUCCUGGCCCGGUACGAGAGAACCGUGGAGGAGUACGAGGAGAAGAGCGAGCGACGCCGGAGGCAGACAGACAUCAGCUGGAGCCCUGAUCAGGUCCAACCGCCCGCUUUAGUGCCAUGUAGGGGGGAGAUGUCAUGGGAUGAUCCUGAAGCACAGGCACCUUUUGUGUCUAACAGGAACCACACCAGCAAAGAUCCAGGGUUAGGACACAGUCCUCCCCCAGGAUUCUAUGAACGCAGACGGGGAGGAGAGGAGCUCCGAGGUGAAGCAGGAGGUAGCCGAGGCGUCGCAGGUGAAGGAUGAAGAGGAGGAGCUCAGCAUCGCUCCGGACGAGGAGCCACUGGACGUGAAGCAGGAGGCUGACGCCGCGAUGAAGACUCCUGAAGGGGAGUAAUGGUGCUCCUAAUGCCGGAAGCUCCACCUGUUCCGGUGUUUGUUGCUCCUCUAGCCGUUGACGUUCGACAGACUGAGCAGCUUCAGCGCCAAACGGCAGCUUUCACAGCCGACCUGCUGCCACCCUCAGAACUCUGGAUGCUCGGGGACGUUCCUGCUUGAAACGUUCAAAUCUGGAUUUGUAGGUUUUAGGCGGAAAAGUAAAAUGCAGGUCCUGGAACGCUGCACUGAGGAGUCCAUGUGGAGAACAUUUGAGCUCAGUCUGCCCUCUGCUGCUGGCUUUGUGGUCCUGUCAGAGGUGAAAAUCCAAUCCGAAAAUCCGAAUCGAAGGGGGAGGAAUGUUUUCAAUAAAGCCAGAAUUUCCACUCAUCCCGCUCAUUCGUGGGGGGCGUUAACAUCCUCAUUCCUGCAUGUUUUCCAAGAAUAACUGCUCUGCCGCGUCCUAUUGGCUGACCUAAUCAUCACACACCGAACACAUCGGCCCUUGAGGCCUGGAACUGCCACCCCAGCUCUAAAAACCUUUUCUGAGCACAUCGGCAGAUCUGCAUUCACUGAAGAUGGUAAAAAGUCCUAAGUGACCUAAAUCCUUUAACCCUUGUUCUAUCUUGUGGGGUCCAGAUGACCCCACUCCCAACGUUAAUGUUGGGAGUGGGGUCAUCUGUACCCCACAAGAUAGAACAAGGGCUGGAAGGACUGUUGGUUUCCAAACCACAUUUCUAGUUAAGGAAAAGACUGGAUGACUACAAUGAAGGAUAAUGCAAACAGGAAGUGGCUUCUCAAAGGAAACUUCCUGUGUAACCCCCACCUCUGGAAGAAUCACGGCUGACUUCGGUGGAACGUAAUGUUUCUGACCUCACGGCCGGACAGGAACGUCAAGCUGGACAAACCGAGAUGAACGUUUAGUUUCAAAUGACCUAUUGCCUUUAAUAAAAGGUUUUAAACUUCUAUUCUUUUGCUUUGGAUGUGAACAAACUGACAUGGAAAAGAAAACUUUAUUCCCAGAUCUCCACAGGAAGAAUGUGAACUUUGAGCUUGUGCUUUUUUUUAAAAGUAUUUUUAGUGUCACAUUUAAAUGAGUUUACCCAACAUUUCAUCAUGAACUGAUCAACCGCCUGCUGGUUGUUACAUUUUCACAUCACCUCUGAUUUUACCAUGAAAUACAUUCUGUGUCUCAUCACUGAAUGCUCACAACAUACAAGAAAAACUGUUUCAUUCAUUUCAUAUCAUUUAACCCUUUUUGGUUUUAUCCAUCCAACCUUUUUUUUAACCCUUUCUUUUUUUAGGGUCACUGGGUUGCUGGAGCCUAUCCCAGCUACUGUUGGGUAAAGGCAGGGUUCACCCUGAGCAGGGCACUGAUAAUCUGAAAGGACACUUACUUGUCUUAGUGCAAUAAAUGGAAAACAGAAAAAUAAAUAGUUUUUAUUUAU